AUGUUUGACAAGGACCAAGAGAUGCAGGAAGUUUUUGAUCCACCAGAAACAGAAAGGAAAGCAGAAACAAAAAUUGGUACAACCAUUAGGAAGGAUGUGAUUUUCGAGCAAGAUUCAUGUUCUUCAUAUCAAUUAUGGGGCAGUAUGAAAUUUGAAGAAGAUGGUCAUUUGCUGUCCCAGGCAAAGAGGGAUUUGUCACAUUUGGAUUAUCAAGCACAGUUUGUCGACACCAAAUAUGUUACUGAACUUGGGUCACAUGCAUGUUCGAAGGAUCCAUUGCCACUGGGAAGAGAUUAUCAUAGGCAGAAGCCACACUUUCCUACUUCAGCCUGUUCUUGGGAGAAGUCUUCUGCAUUAGAAACAGCAUCAAGUAGCCCAGAUGCAUUAGGGCAUGCAUUGGGGACAAUGAGAACCAAUACCAACACCAUCAGUGCAAGGCCAGAUUAUCUUGCUUCGUAUCCUACUAGUGCUCCUCACAUGCGGAAGUGUCCAGGAGCAGUUGAACUUGAUUAUGGUUUAGAUCAUUCAGAACAUUGCUACAGAAGAUCAGACCGAUUUACUUCCUUUUCAAGCCGCAAUGGUCGAUCUGUAGAACAUUGCAAAGAGAUGGUUGGAUAUGCCAGAGGGUCCCGCUAUGCAGAUGAGAUCAAUCCUGUUCCAUGUCAAUGGCGCUUUGAGGAUGAGAUCCCUUCUUUAUCUAGAAAGAAGUAUGAUGAGGCACCUUCAGUACCAAGAGGCCUGCAGUAUGGCGAUGAGAUCCCUUCUUUAUCUAGAAAGAAGUAUGAUGAGGCACCUUCACGCUCAAGUCAGUGGCACUUUGGUCCUCAAACCGCACUGUCCUCAGGGAGACUUGACUAUGGUGAUGAGAUCCCGUCACUGUCUCUUCACCAUGGUUACCGAGAUAGGAUCCCUUUGCGUUCUGGUCAUUGGUGCCAUGAUGCUGAGGCACGUAUACUGUCAAGAUACCAGCAAGGUACUUCUCAUGGGAAUAAUCACUCAAGGCAAAAUUUUGCCAGGAUUAAUACCAAUGAACAAGCCAAAGUUAUCACAAGCAAACAUUCUUUUGCAAAACCUAGGGUGGUUAACAGAGUUGUAAACAGUAGCAGCCACCAUAUGAUCAAUAUGAAAGGUAAUCACUGGAGAAAUUCUGAGGAUUUAAGGGACCAAGUUUGUGGGCCGAGGGCAAAUAAAUUGAACAAUGCUUCAGUGUCAUCCACUGUGAAAGAUAUCAUAAGUCCAUUGAUCCGUAGAAAUCAGUAUAAUAGAUCAGAUUUUUCAGUUGAGUAUAAACAGGCCAAGUUUUUUAUGAUAAAGUCAUAUAGUGAAGAUGACAUUCAUAAAGGUGUCAAAUAUAACGUUUGGGCAAGUACACCAAAUGGGAACAAUAAGCUGGAUGCUGCAUACCAUGAAGCUCAAAAUUUAAUGAAGGACAAUGGUGAAAGGUGCCCUGUCUUCCUAUUCUUCUCGGUCAACACCAGCGGCCAGUUCGUAGGUUUGGCUGAAAUGUUAGGUCCUGUUGAUUUCAAGAAGACCAUGGACUUUUGGGAAGAAGAUAAAUGGAAUGGCUUUUUCCCUAUAAAAUGGCAUAUUAUAAAGGAUGUUCCAAAUCGGUUGUUCAAACAUAUAAUUCUUGAAAACAAUGACAACAGGCAGGUUACUUUUAGCAGGGACACGCAGGAGAUCGGGCUGCCACAAGGUGUGCAAAUGUUGAAAAUUUUCAAGGAUCAUCCUCAGGGAACAUCAAUUCUGGAUGAUUUUGAUUUUUAUGAAGAAAAAGCUAAUGCACGCCGUGCUGAAAAGAGAGGAAAUUCAGAGUCGACAUAUGAAGCUCGAUUCUCUGAUGACUUGAAACCUAUGGAAAACUUGGAGGGAAGCAUGGAGAGUUGGAGUUUGUUCGAGAGUUGGGAGUAA